UUCGUGUUUGUGUUCUUUCAACCAACUGUAUAGGUUUAUUUACAUCGAAGGAACGGCUGUGUGCGCACAAGUUAAAAACCUCUAGUGGGGAUACUUAGAUCUGAUAAUGUUUCUGCUCGAUUCCGACUCACAGCUGGACUGUAUUAGUAACUUAUUCGAAGGCGGAGAUGCUGUCAACUCAAGCAAUGUGUUGGGACAGUCCCCUGCACACUUGGCGGCAUGCAGCGGACAAGCCUUUUGUUUGCUAUGGCUACUGCAAACGGGAGCUGAUGCCAAUCAGCAGGACAACAAUGGGGAGACGCCCAUGCACAAAGCCGCCAAGGCCGGCAGUUUGGAAUGCAUCAGCGUACUCGUUGCCAGUGAUGCCCAACUUGGACUUUGCAACAACGAGGGCAGAACCGCUGAAGAUUUGGCAUGUUCAUACGGAUUCGAGGAGUGCGGACGAUUCCUGAACACACUCCGAAUGACGCGACUCCUGACGAGCAGCAGCACUCCUCUGAUGCCUGCCGGGCCCGUAGCAUGCCCGCUGACUGGCGCCCAGAGCAGUAAGGUAGCAGGACAGAAGAGGGCACUCAUUGCCACCGGGGCCCAAGACCGAAAGAGGGCUCGAGACUGGUGAUUUUAACAAUGCACCUCUAGAAUUCGAAAAGGAGGACAACGCUUUCUCAGCCAAGUCCAAUACAGGACAUGCAUGACGAAGUCCCCACUAAUGUGUCUGACACCAAACCUGUCUCUGUUCCUAACCACUUACUGGGGUGUGUCUGUGAGUCUCCUAUGUAUUUGUGUGCCAAUGAUUGGCAAGUAUAAUGUCAGUGGUUAACUUGGAUAUGAGCAGAAUGCAUCCUUCUCCUGCAGUGACAGAGGCAGACGUGUGUUGCGGAGAUGGUUCGGAAAACUACGCUCAUGUGAUGAGUAACCUUGCUUUGAGAACUUAGGACUCUUGUUAGCUCCCGCUGCUAUUGCCAAGACUUUGGUUCAGAGGGCUAAACACUGGGAGAAUCUCAAUUGCUUACUCCCCGCUUUUUCAAUACCCAUUGGAGAAGGUCAGAGGGGAAGGACUUCCGGCUCUCUCAUCCAAUGGGUUUUGAGAAUGAGACGAUGAUGCGAGGUGUAUGCAAUUGAAAUCUUUCCACUGUCUUGAGGUGUGCACGUGCUCAGCAUAGGCUCCGGGCCUAGCCAUCACAAGUAACAACCACUGUGUGCAUUUCAUGCUCAGAUGCAAUAUGGGACCUUCUGAUUCUGUGGACACCAGUUUCAGAUGUACAUAUCAACUUUACACAGUCCUUUGUUUACAGUGUAAAUCUUUUGAGGUACACUCCCCUAUGUAUUUAUUGACAGUGAAGCUAUAUCUUUUAAUUUGGCUCUAUACUCCAGCAUUUUGGAUGCGAGAUCAUAUUUUUGACCGUAUAGAAUGUCACCUUUUAUUUGAGGGUAUUUUCAUACUGUUUUACUGUUUAGAAAUUAAAGCAAUUUAAGCAUCUAGUCCCCCCAUUUUGAAGGUGUCAAUUAAAAAAAAUAUAUUUACAAUAGUGACUCCAAUGACAAUGCAUUAUUUACCGUUAAUUUAUAUUGUGCACAAUAUACUGCAAAUGCAUCCAACAAGUCUGUAGUCACAUGCUUGAUGUAGUCAUUGUGUGUUAGGAAUAUGGGACCAAAAUCUAAACUUUUGACUACUAUAAUACAC